AUGACUCAACGAUGUUGUUUUGACGAGGGUAAUAGUAUAAUAGCCAUUGAUCUUGUCAAUGGAGGUUACAUACAAAUUCCAGAUUUUACACAAAUUAAAAAUCUACUUAGUGCAAAAUUUAUCGAUUUAAGGUCUAAUCCUUUGGAAUCAGUACCACACUCAUCUGAUUUUGUUGGUUUACAAUUAUUAGAACGUCUGUAUUUACCACUUCAAUAUUUGUGUCCUGGUGGUGUUGAUGUUUGGCAGAAGAUUGAGUCAUUACCAACAGAAAACCAUUGUAUACAACAAAAAGACUUUUGUGCAAAUUCUACGCUAAAAUGUACUGAAAAAUCUUCAUGUUCACCAAAUGGUCCAGGACAGUAUUUAUGCUUGUGUGAAUUUGGUUAUACCGGUUAUAAAUGUUUAAGGUAUGGUCAUUUUCCAACAGCAUUAUUUUUAGGAUUAACAUUGCCACUGACAGCAGUAUUAUCAGUUGUACUCUAUUAUACACAACGACGACAUGUUAAAACAAAUUAA